GCAUAUUGCUGCAAGUUUGGUUCCGAUACGCCACUUUGUGAUCACUCAACGGGUCCAAAGCAAAAAAGAAAAAAAGUUGCCACCGGGUCGCCGAGGACCGAUCUGUUGCAUCUGCUGCAUCUGAAUGCAAUCUAUAGUCGACAGAUUGAGGCCCUUUACGUGAACUCUGUCAUGAUUUCGUCUUCCUCGCAAGUGUCGUUUCUCUACCGGGCCGAGAGGUGUCUAUCCGAGGUCGAGUCAUACCGGAAGAACGUGCUGCAUCCGUGCUCCUUAGCCCGUAGCUCGUCAAGGCGCGUAGAUACGCUGGACUGGAACGUUGAUACAGUGCCUACAUGCCGGGCGCCGAAUGCGGAAUAAGAUGCUAGUGGGGAUAGAUUGCAGAGGCAUGAGAGCUGGCUGGGGCUAAAACUUUCAAGCUUGAGAACUCACGGUCUGUCCCGAGAUCCCGGGUAGGCGGGGGUGUCCGCCAGGGAGGUGGCGGUGGAUGACGCAACGUCUGCCCUGAGCUCGCGAGAUAAACAUCGACAAAUCUGGCCGCAAUUUUAUUUUUUCCAACUUGACGCGACUCAACGUUAUCGUACGGAACCCAUGCAAACGUAUCUCUUUCUCUUUCUCUCUUCCAUCACUGCUGCAGCCCCCAAGCCAUACACCCCCCACCCAUCCCGCCGUCCCUGCCAAGCUGCGCGCGAGACAGAGUUCACAGUGAGUACCUUGACCGGUAUCUUUCCGACCUCAGACCGGAGCGGGCCGCAAACGUGCGACUGUAAGCGGCAAACGCAGCCCACGGCCCACGUUCCUCCCCAAAAUCAUGCUCGGUGCUUGGAGGGCGAGACCGUACGUGCACGGCGUCGUGCGUGCAUGCACCCCGCCAUGCACAUGCCCGCGCCGGCGCGACCGACGCCCAACUAUUUUUUCCGUGGCCUUCGCUACGGCCACCACGCUCGCAUCUCAUAAACGGCCGUCCAUUCCUCUUUUCAUCUCUUCCUUCUUCAGGUCCAUUUUACGCUCCCCGCGAGAUCUCGCGCUGACUGGUGUAGACGACCGUCAUAACCGAGUCAUCUUUUUAUCAGAUUGAGAGAUAGUCACCCUUUCGGCCGACCCUGACUUGUCAGCUGAGCCGACUCGCGCUUCAAAAUCUUUCCUAUCGUUCUCUAUCGCAUCUUUCUGCUCUUCUAUUCCCACGCCAAAUUUCCUGUACACAGUUCACCACUCUCGCCAAAGGCAUCCCCCCCACCUCCUUGCACCGACAAAAGGAGCGCACCCACCUGGCCUUCAAAACGCCGACAGAAAGCCACAAGAUCUUCCCCGCCAAUCCCCCUCUGCUGGUCCUUCACUACUUGCUCAAACUCGUCACAGAGUCUGAGCUUGGCAUUUCGCAGCAGAGAUAUCAAAGGAGUAAUCGCGGACGAGCAAAGGUUAUCCCACCCCACCCCACUACCAAAGUCUGGGAUUCUGUAUUCAGCCGCCGCCGACCUGUCCUGUCGGAGUCUGAGCUCGAAAGUCCUUUUCGAGUCCCGCCACCGCUCGGUCCUUAGAAGAGUAUAAAGCGACGUUUACUCGCUCUGCCAACAGUGCGGCCUCCCCCGUACAUCCCCCCGUCUUGAUACCAUGUUUGAAGAAGACUUUGAGCGCUGCUUUAUCUGCCAGGGACCGUCCAAGGGGCUCUAUUGCUCCUCGGACUGUCGCCAGAAGGACCAGGGUAUGAUGUCUCGUGCAGCCCCAGAGUCAGGCGGCGUGCAUAUCACUUCCCAAAUACCUCCCGCGCUCAGCCCGCAUAUGCGCCCCCACCACCCCUCGGGCCUCUCGCCACGGAGUACCAAGCCACGCACAACGAGCAAUAGCACGUCGUCGGGCUCUUCGUCGGCUGUUUCAUCGCCCCUGCAAUCACCACGGACAAAUCCUAUAGAGUUGGACUCGCCCCAGAAGGGUCUGUUCAACCUGCCGCCCCCGGCUUAUCCGUCCAAGCAAUCGUUUGGGGUGACGUCGUCGGUACCCAUGAAGAUUCCAUCACUAGCCUCGCGGACGUCGCCCGUCUUUUCGGCGGUCGGCACACCAGGAUCAGUGGGAUCAACAGUGUAUGCCAACAAUGCUUCGAUCGACACACUACGGUUCGGGCGUCGGCCUGCCGCUGUUAACAGCGUAACAUCGCCGAAUGCCCUCAUCCCCCGAUGCGCCUGUGGCUUGCCAGCAAACCACAAGGGACGGUCAACGAGCAAGGACCGAGCCGACCUGUUUGACUCUGGUUUCUCCCGUUUAUCGCUCAACCCCCCUGGUACAGCAAAGGAAGAGCCGAUAAGCCGUUCGCUGCGAAUCGUUUCCGACUCUGCUAUUCCUCCGUUCACGCUCUCGCCAAAGGUGAUGCCCCAGGCAAUCACGCCCAAUACGCAUGUGACGCCGUUGAAUAUCUCUGAACACCCUUCGCCUAUUGCGCCUACUACCCACCUCUCUCGAUCCCGUUCCGACCCCAUCCCCCCUUCCCCGCAACACAACCGCAUUCCCCCAGCCCCCGUCGUCUCGAAUAUUGCUCCUCCUCGCCGCCAGAGUGCCAACCCUACUCCUGCAAACUGCCCAGGUAGGGAGCAUUGUUGCUCUGGACUGAGGCAGAGCACGAAUGCGCUCGGCGUGACGGAUGUUGAAUCGCCCAGGAGGGGACGAAGCCGGGAGAGGACGAGCCACGAGGAAGAUGAAGAUUGCUGCAUGGUCGCUCAGACCCAGCAUGGUGUUCUCAACCACCCACCAGAACGAGAGGCUGCCCCGUCUCGAUCGCGAAACAGGCGGGACAGCGCGAGGCGGAGUGGCACGAGGUCGCGGUCGAGGGUGAGGGAGAGGUCGCGCCCUAGGGAAUGGACGAGGGAAUUCGGCAUGUCGAGGGAACGGCCUGCAGAUGGACAGAUCUCGCCCAAGCACCACCACCUCUCGCCUAGGCAGUCUGAACCGCAGAUUCUUCCCAGUUGGUCUCGCCCGCAAGGGUUCGACCUCGAGAAUGGUGUGGCCCCGGGCAUGCGCCGGACGGGGAGCGGGCAGGAGAGGCGACGUGAAGGCGCGAGGGAAGGCGGGGAGAGGGGCAGGGGGAGAAGUCAGGAGGAGGAGAGGAGGGCGCGAAACCAGUUUGGACAGGUGUUUGGCGUCGCUGCUGGAUAG